CUCUCUUAUUGGUCGGGACUUUAGCCCUCUGUGACGCCGCACUUCCGCCCGAUAGGGGAUCCAGCGGGCUCGGAGCUCCGGUGACCUGCGCCGCGCCAUGGCAUCCCAGGGUCGUCGGCGGAGGCCAGGGACCGUGGUUCCUGGGGAGGCGGCUGAGACGGACUCGGAGCUCUCUGCGUCCUCGUCGGAGGAGGAGUUGUACCUGGGCCCCUCCGGCCCGUCGCGCGGCCGACCCACGGGGCUGAAGGUAGCCGGGGAGGCUGCAGAGACCGACUCGGACCCGGAGCCGGAGCCUACUGCCGCGCCGAGGGACCUGCCUCCGCUUGUGGUGCAGCGGGACUCGGCAGGGGAGGCCUGGGCCGCCGAGGAAGCCCCGGCCCCCGCCCCCGCGCGCUCGCUGCUACAGCAGCGGCUGGCCGAGAGCCAAGCGCGGCUGGACCACGAUGUGGCCGCUGCUGUGAGCGGCGUGUACCGCCGUGCGGGCAGGGACGUGGCCGCCUUGGCUGGGAGACUGGCAGCCGCUCAGGCGACAGGGUUGGCGGCAGCCCACAGCGUGCGUCUGGCGCGCGGAGACCUCUGCGCCCUAGCUGAGCGUUUGGACAUCGUGGCUAGCUGCUGUCUGCUGCCGGACAUCCGCGGUGUGCCGGGAAGCGAGCCCGAGCAAGACCCGGGACCUCGGGCCUGAGACUCGACUUCCCCACCUGACUGCCUCUUGGGGGUAGGCUUGGCAGCUUUUGUGACAUGGCUGUGUCCCAGUACCCUUUGUCUUCCUUUCCGCAUCCUAGUGUUACCUAGGGCUAAACCUACCCUCGCUGGAUAACGCCCUGGUUUUGCCUCAUGGCCCUGACCCUGGCCUCUGGUAAAUAGCUGCUCUGUGGUGGUCUAUUUCCACCCUGUCUCCUGGCUCCUCCUCCUCCUCGGGCUUGGCCCCACCCCUUCAGCCCGAUCUCCAGAGUCCAGCAAGAGUCCAGCCAUACCCUUAGGAUAGGUUUUGUUUCCUGUUGUUUUUCCUGUUCUGCUUACAUUACUUACCUGGUCCUGGAGUUCAUGUACUGACUAGUUUCCUUCCUCAGGCCCAAAAUGAUGCCCCCUCCUGACCCAAAGGGAUCCUCCUGUACCAGAUCCCCUGGCACGUGGCAUCUCCUCCAGACCCAGGUACUCUAGGCCAAGGUGGUGCCCCCUCCUAACUGUCUAGACCUGAAGUGACACCCUUCAGGCACUUGGGCCCAGUUCAGCCCACUGUGGUGCUUUUGGUGCAGCAGGGUCCCACUUUUCGCAGGUGUGCUCUCUGUUGGUCCCUGGGUGCUGAAAGGCUGUGGAUUUCUGGCCCAGCUCCUGGGCUGGGGUAGCAGCCUCUGUGUGCACAGUCUGCUUCCUCUUUCAGGCCUGCCUUUGUCCUCAGCACAGUCACAUUUACACCCUUCCCCGCAGCAGUACUCCAAGAUCUGAGCCCCAGGAUGGAAAGGUGAGGAAGAGCUCUCUGUGGUGGACUCAUUAAAAUCCAAAACAUUUCCCAACUUGCUCAGUUUCUCUUCCCCACACCCCCAGUACGGGCUGGGUGAGUUGGUGAUUUCUCUGAGUUGAGGACCCCUCUCUAGCCUAUUGAAGGUGAAACUGUAAUUGGAUUUUUCCCUGAUUUUGCAUUUAUUUGUAUUUAAUUAAUUCAACAUACACUUUGGGGUUCCUGUGCUGGGGGUUGCAACAAGCAGUCCCUGACAAUAUGGGAGACUUACAAUAUUCUAUAA